AUGAAUGAAACAACCCAGUUUAAUGUAAGCUAUUGCACGGAUCCAACAUUUAAGCUGGAUGUCUUAAAGAAUGCGUGCAACGAAAAGUGUGAUAUCUGCUGGCUGGUCGCAAACAACCCGUUGCGCUACGGUGAAUUUAUCGAGAAAACGUACAACAAAAAUCAGAAAAUCCGCGUACAUUACUUUUGUUUGCUUUCCGGUACUAAUAUCGCACAAAAUGGGUCCGCACAUGAAGGCAUCGCUGGGUUUCGGAUAAACGACAUCAUCAACAGCCAUGCCGAGUAUCGCAAUAAACAAUGUGCCUACUGUUCCCGUCCAUCGGCGGCAAUCGAAUGUGCUCAACCUGAGUGUGUGCGCCGUUUUCACUACAUUUGCGGCUACAACAAUGGUUGCUUGACGCAGUUUCGCAACCAAAUGCUUUCCUACUGCCAUAAGCAUUUACCCAAGCUGUACCAUAAGCCCAUUAAUACAAGGGGGCGAGAAUGUGAUAUUUGCUUCAAUGAUUUACCGCUGGUAACAGAAGCUGACUACAAUCCGGUAGCGAUCGUACGAACCCACUGCGACAAGGUGUGUUCCGAUGGGUUUUUUCACCGUGAGUGUGUUCAGCGGUUCGCCUACACUUCGGGUUACAAUUUCAAGUGUCCUUUGUGCUGGAAUAAGUGUUUUCGCCGACAUGCGGCUGACAGUGGAAUCUUCAUACCGCAACGAGAGUCGGCCUGGGAACGGGAACCGGGAGCAUUCAAGGAUCUGCACAAACGCAAAUGUACCGCGGACAGGUGUGUAUUGGUAAAUUCGCGUAACAAAGCGGACGUGUCGCAAUUGGUAGGCUGUAAGGUAUGCGGUGGACGGUUGAUGCAUAAGGUUUGUUCGGGAGUGUCCAAUCCUAGCGAAUAUCUUUGCAGUGCUUGCAAGGAUGAAUCAUUUGCAAAUUUGGUAUGA